CUGGUCUUCCAACACCGCCCCCCCUGCAUAAUAUUCCGCCCGCAGAACAUAAACCCCCUCACGCUGUCACGGCCGAACGGACGCAAUGGCCACCGAGAUGCUCGUCUCCUCCUUACCCAUUUAGCCGCAACUCGGCAUCUCCUCUCGCUCUCCACACCCCACCAAACCCCAGCCAGUACAGCAUCAACCGGCAUGAUCACUCCCCUCAUCCUCCACACGCAACAAGCUCCUUGAAGAUCUUGUCCUUCUCCCAAGAAUGGAGAGGAAGGAAGCAUUGGCAGAAGCUACCCGGAAACUGCCCCGCUAUCUGACCAUCUGACCAUCCACCUUCGCCCAAUUCCUGCGUGGCUCGGCGAAGUCGCCAGGGUUUGUUGGUGCGAGCUGGUCGGAGUAUUACUAGGGCGAGCUGUUGGUGUAAGCGCUGGUUAUGAUCUCGAUGCCACCACCCCCGCACAACAUUCAAGUGCUCUAUAUCUUCUCCUUCUGUGGUUUGUUUUCCUCCAACGGCACACUUUGUCUCAUUGUCUCAAGUGUUGGCCGAUUGCCCAUCAUCCGCCAUACAAUAUGGAAGAACCCAAGACCGGUCUCGUCCUGGGCUACAAUGGCGUUCAUCCCUUCUCCAAAGUGAAGCUCACUGAUAGGGCAUCGGUCCAGGAGCUCCUUCGGGCCCUCCUUGAUCCUCUUGAGCCCUUCUUCUCCCCCCAGAAAGCUCGCGUCAAGUGUCCUGGCGGCACUGCCGUCAGGUUCGACCAGGCCGCCUCCGAAGUCGAAGGCAUCCUCCGCCCCAUCUGGGGCCUGGCCGCCCUUCUGGCCGGUGGCGGAGAGUAUCGCGGAACCGAAUGGUGGAUCCAGGGUAUCAAGUCCGGCACCGACCCAGAGAACCCCGAGUACUGGGGCUUCCCGAGGGACAAUGACCAGCGCAUGGUUGAGAUGUGCCCCCUUGGCUUCUCUCUUGCCGUCGCGCCCGCUAUCUGGGAAAGCCUGUCCGAGAAAGAGCGCGUCAACGUCGAAAACUGGCUGGGCAAUUCAAUCAACGAGAAGAACAUGCCAAACACCAAUUGGCUCUGGUUCCGAGUCUUUGCCAACCUGGGCUUGAAGAAGAACGGUGGAAAGUUCUCGCAGGAACGGCUCGACGCGGACAUCAAGCACCUCGACACCUUCUACCGAGGCGGCGGCUGGUCCAAUGACGGGCCGGAGGGCAUCCACCAGAUGGACUACUACUCGUCCAGCUUCGCUAUUCAAUUCCUCCAACUCCUGUACGCGAAGCUCGCCGGCGACGAUGAGCCCGAGCGGGCUAAGGAAUUUCGCAAGCGCGCCCAGAUGGUGGCACUCGACCUCGCACACUACUUCGACGAGGAGGGUCGAGCCAUCCCCUUCGGCCGCAGUGUCGGAUAUCGCUUCGCCAUGGUGUCUUUCUGGGGAGCCCUCGCCUAUGCCGGCGUCGAACUCCCGGAGCCUUUGACGUGGGGGAUGGUGAAGGGCAUCGUGAUGCGCCAUCUGCGGUGGUGGCAGACGCAGCACGGCAUGUGGAGCCCAAGCGGAACACUUUCGGUUGGGUACUCUUACCCGUGCAUGUAUAUGGCGGAGAACUACAACAGUCCCGGAAGCCCGUACUGGGCCUGCCUUGCCUUCAUCUGCCUCGCGGUCCCCGAAGACCAUCCUUUCUGGACUUCGGGGGAGGAGCAGACGUGGGAUGUCAUCCCCAAAAUCAAACCUCUCGAACAGCCGGGCCACAUCAUGAGCAAUAUUGGUGGCCACUGCAUGCUUCUCUCGUCCGGCCAAGCUUGCAGCUACCCGAUGAAGGGCACCCACGCCAAGUAUGGCGGGUUCGCCUACUCCAGCGCCUACGCCUACUCGGUCCCUCCGGGGCUGUUCUCCCUUGAGCAGUACGCCCUGGCUUCGCAGCUGGGUCUGUCCGACGAUGGCGGCGAAUACUGGAAGGCCCGACGGCUCUCGCAGUACGCCGGCAUCGAAAGCAGGGACGGCAAGCCGGUGCUCGUCUCGGUGUGGAAGCCGUUUGUGGACGUCGAGAUCAAGACGAUCUUGGUCCCUCCGGAAGAGUCGACGCCGAACUGGCACCUUCGAAUCCACCACAUCAAGGCGGGACGGGAGGUCAUGACGGCAGACGGCUCGUUUGCCAUCGCCAACGAGAACUCGACAAACGGCCGAUACCUCGACCUCUACGACGCAGACAAAGGAGAAGGCACGUCGCCAAAGAUCAUCGGGAACUACGACACCAAUACGCCCGAGGGGUUGGCAAAGGGCAGCGAGGGGUCAUUCGCUGUAUCCAAGGGCGCCGUAGGCAUCAAGGCCUUGGAGGGCUCGAUCGAGCGGACGGCCAACCUCGUCAACGCGGACCCCAACUCGAACCUGGUCGAGAACCGCACGACGAUCCCGACGCUCCAGCACACGAUCAGCAAGGGAGAUUCAGUCUGGUACAUCACGGGCAUCUACGCCAAGCCUGGAGGCGAGGGCAUCCCCAGGCAGAGCUACCUGGACGGCUGGGAGAGGCCACCUGCAGUCCCUUCUUGGCUCGAGACAGAGAUGGCUGCGUCCUGAAGGACUUGCCUUCUUAUUGCUGGGACGGCCUGCGCAGGCCCUCCCGAGUGGCGCUUGCGCCGCCGCCGCGGUGACUCUGGGGGUGUGUCCCGGCCGCUUGUGGGGUUGAGGAUUUUCCACGAAUGCGGGGAGGCCUAGCAAGCCACCGUUGUGGAAGUCGAGUUCUCUCAACGAUCGGCAUCGGGCGUGUUUGCUGCGCUGUUUCGACAAAGCAAUAAUAGCUGUUUGUUCGUGUUCGCCUCGAGGAUAAGUUUAUACUGAUGGUGUACGGUAUAGAAGAAGAACCGGACAAGAUAUUCCUAUCCUAAUUUAUCCACGCCGUUUGCGUGUCAAUGGAUGAAAAACAAACCUUUCAACAGAAUGAUCCUUCACACUCGCAUGCUCCUGGAAAUUUCGUGGGGAGUCUCGGUCGUUGUCUCUCUGUUAAUAAGCUUUCGCCCAAGAGAUUCCGCAAUGCUUCGCUUGAUUCCAUAUCCCAUCCGCGGUACCGGGUCCCAGCCGGAUGGCAUCGUUGCUUGGGGUCCUGCCGGCUCACAUG